UCCAAGAACCAUUUAUCCACCAUCGUGACCCGAAAACCAGGCAGGUGGGGUUGUUCAAGAUCCAUUGCAUAUCCCCGUCAUCUUUCUUACAUUCAUAAUGGAGUAUGAUUUUUCCUUGAAAUAGUCGACGAAGCUGCUCCCUUUCGAAGACGUCCCCUUUCUCUAUUCAUGGAAUUUUCUGUGUAACUUUGGGGGCGCGAAGAAAGUAUAUCAAUAAAAAAAGGGGACGAAUUUAAAGCUUAUUUUACAAAUAAAAAGAAAUUGGAAAUUGACUAUAAUCAAUAUUCCUCAUACAUAAUACGUGAUUAUAGGGUUUGCUCGAGAAUCUCGUUAAUUUCGAGUUUUUUUGUUGCUUAAUUAGACAAACUGGGGUUAUCCUUGUCCGAGACUUGUUUGGAUUUUAUCAUUCUCGAUUAUUAUCGAACAAGAUUGUUUGAAUUAUUUACGAAAAACCUGCCUACGAUUGGCGAUGAUCUAUGCUUUAGGGUGUAAUGUUUUUUUGGUUGUGUUUAUAUUGUUUGGUGAAAUGAUUCGGAUUGAUAUUUCAAGAGAAAAUGGGCGCCAAAGUGGUGAUUUUAUUCAUGACAAUUAUCAUUCUACUUUACCCUUUGGCGGAGGCAGUAGAAUCAGACAGACAUCGCCAACAACUGCCUCCUGACAACCAAAUGUAUUUGGAGGAGACCAUGGAUGAGGACACGGCAGAACUAUUAUGGGUGAACUGUGGAGCAGAGUUGAUGUACACAAUGGAGGCUUUUGAAGAUCUUGAAUAUUGUGGUUGUGAUAAAAGCAUUACAGGAAAAGAAAGAAUAAUAAAAGCUAUAAAUGUCCAAGACCCACAUGUGAAGAAAACUAUACUGGAUUGCUUGAAGGAGAAACGUAUUGUUUUAUCCAAACUCAGAAAAGAUAAACUUUCUGCAACAACAAGCUUGUACAUAAAGUAUUUAGUUUCCUUUUUAAGCAAGCCUAAUAUUAUUAUUGAUCAUUUUCAUGGAAGACGAAAGUUGGGUGAAACUGUUAGCCAAGGCACGGUUGUUGUUGCUGUAAUUGUUACAGCAAUCUUCACUAUGUGUCUCGCUGGCCUUCUCUUUUAUUGUUACAUUAAAAAGCAUGGUGGAAUUCAAAAUAAUGAUGAAAAGCCUCUUCUCAGUUUAAGUAUGGGUGGUUUCCGAAGAAAGUCUACUGAUAACCAAUCAAAUGGACAGAAAAAUGAUUCGUCGAUGGAUGCUAGAGUCUCUGUUGAUCCAGAUGCUUCUGGAAUUCCAAACGUUAAUGAUGGCUCAUCUUUGGAUCCUUCUAUGCAACCACCAAGGGUAAAAGAGUCUCUACGACAUACUUUAAAGCCUCGAGCAGUUAGGGCAGAAUCGUCUUUGCGGCCUACCGGGAAAACGGAAUUUGCUAUACGGCCUUCCGCCGGAAACACAGGGUCUCCGAUUGGGGUUGGUGGAACAGAAUCAUCUCCACAUCCUGAAUCUUCUACACAACAACCACCUCCUACCGGAUCUUCUCUUGCUGCUCCUGCUCCUGCCGCUGAUCCUCCUCCACCUCCAGCUCAUGUUAUCCCUCAUGUACAGCUUACCGAACCAAAACCUCCUUCUGUUGAGUCGCCACCUGCUCAAACUCAAGGAGCAUCGCCACCUCCUCAAACUCAAGGAGCGCCACCACCUCCUCCUCAAACUCAAGGAACACCGCCACCUCCUUCGCAAAAUCAAGGAGCACCACCACCACCACCACCAACUGGAGAAACAGGAGGAGCACCACCGCCACCGCCACCAGCAACUGAAGGAUCAGGAGCACCACCGCCACCACCUCCAACUGGAGGAUCAGGAUCAGGAGCACCUCCUCCACCGCCCAAACUUGGUGGGAAUGCAGGUGCACCUCCACCUCCUCCUCUACGUGGAUCUGUGGCACGGCCAUUAAGUGCAGCCUUGAGACUUCGACGGACUGAGCAAGUUGAUGCUUCUAAAGCUAAGCUAAAGCCAUUCUUUUGGGAUAAGGUUAUGGCUAAACCUGAUCAACAAAUGGUUUGGGAUAAGAUAAGAUCAGGAUCAUUUCAGUUUAAUGAAGAAAUGAUUGAAAGCUUAUUUGGGUAUCAAGCGGCUGAAAAAAACAAAGAUCAAGACACAAAGAAUGUUGCCACGAAAAAUAAAGAUCCCCCCGUGCAUUUCGUCCAAAUUAUUGAUCCAAAAAAGGCACAAAAUUUGUCUAUUCUCCUAAAAGCACUUAAUGUGACAACAGAAGAAGUUUCUGCUGCGCUUAUAGAAGGAAAUGAGCUACCAAUAGAAAUUGUUCAAACUUUGCUAAAAAUGGCACCCACUAGUGAAGAAGAAUUGAAGUUGAGGUUAUACGAUGGGGAUCUUCAUCGACUUGGACCUGCAGAACGAUUUCUAAAGGUUUUGGUUGAAAUACCUUAUGCAUUCAGAAGACUUGAAUCCUUGUUAUUCAUGUGCACACUUCAGGAUGAGGAAUCCAACAUCAAAGAAUCUUUGGAGACCUUAGAGGCUGCUUGUGUCCAACUUAAAAAAAGCCGGUUGUUCCUCAAACUAUUAGAAGCUGUACUGAAAACUGGGAACCGGAUGAACGUGGGAACAUUCCGUGUUCAAGAGAUUAUGCGGUCAGAAGGUAUACGGGCGGUCCGGUCAGCCAAAGAAGGGAAAAACAUCUCCAGUAUCAAAACUGAAGAUCUUCUUCUAGAACCUCCUCCUGAAGAAGCCGAUGAACAUUACUGCAAAUUAGGGCUUGAAGUUGUUUCAUGUUUGAGUAGCGAGCUUGAGGAUGUGAAAAGAGCAGCGAUUAUUGAUGCGGAUGGGUUGACGAGUUCGGUUUCGAAACUUGGGAAUGCACUUUUGAAAGCGCGUGAAUCACUGAAUACGGAUAUGAAGAUUUUGGAAGAACAAUUGGAAGAGGAAGCGGAUGAGUUUUGGUUGAUUUUGUCAACUUUUGUUGAGAAUGCUGAGAAGGAGAUUUCGUGGAUGCUUGAGGAAGAAAAGAGAAUAAUUGCGCUUGUGAAAAGUACAGCGGAUUACUUUCAUGGGAAAUCUGGGAAGGAUGAAGGGUUGAGAUUAUUCACGGUUGUUCGGGAUUUUUUAAUUAUUUUGGAAAAAGUAGUUAAAGAGAUUCAGGCUGCACCUAUCAAGCCACUAAAGAAGAAAGAUAACAUGUCAUCGGGUACACAAAAGAAAGAAGAAAUGUCAUUGGAUCCUGAAAGAAAAGAUGAUCAGAAUCAGUCGACGAAUGGAGGUCCUACGUUGACCCGGAUACCAAAUUGUCAAAUUCCUUCUCCUCCAGAUUAA